CUCAAACCGUCCACUUGUUUAACUCUUUAUCCUCUUCUUUCUUCCAGUCUGAGUUUACAGCUGAACAACAACCCUGAAAACACACUCCACCUUAUUUAGCCGUUUUAUGUGUUUGUGGUAAACAGUUACAUCAGCAAAACGGUGCCAAAAGAGGAACUUCAGCAGAACACACAUUACAUUUUUGAUCUUCGAAACCUUCAGAAUAAAAUAGUCUGCAGGAAAACUCCAGGACAGGUCAUCAGAAGAGAGGGGAGCUGAACCGGAUGCUGAUAUGAGCACAUAUAGGAGACCGAACAUGAAGAGGACAAGAAACACCCACAAAGUGCUUCCUCCGAGACGAGAGUUUAUCAGACAGAGGGGAGCUGGGAACCUGGAGGUGUUAACAAUGAAAAGACGCCUGUUGAGGCUGAUUGUCUCGACUCCACAGCCCCUGGAAACAGCAGAGAGUGAAGGCUUUUGGAAUUUUGUGACAGCUUUCACCCCUUCUCUUGAAAUCCCAACCAAGUCUGUGAUUCGCACACAGUUACUCAGCGUCUAUAAGGAAAAGAAAGAUGAGCUGCGGUCCAUUUUGCCCUCUGCUGACAACAUGGUGCUGACGUGUGAGGCCUGGUCUUACAGAGCUGAAGACUCCUUCCUGACGGUGAGCUGCCAUUUUGUGGACAACCUCGGGAAGCUCAGAUCCUACAUGCUCAGCACUAUAUGCCUCUUUGGAGACCAAUCUGCAGACAACAUUGAAAAUCAUCUCUGUGCCAUCAUGGAGGAUUGGGGCUUGAAAGAAAAAGUCCACUGUGUUGUCAGUGCUAUCCUGCCAAAACUGAAAGGAGUUAGAAAAAAUUGGAUGGACAUGCCUUGCUUUGCUGACACCGUGGAUAUGAUCUUUAAGGAUCUGAUGAGGGAGGAUGAGCUGUCUGGUGUUUUCAGGAAGUGUCAGAACAUGGUCAGGUUCUUUAAGCUUGAUCCUGAAGCUGAGGAGAAGCUCAGAGAGAUCCAAAUCAAGCUGAAUAAGAUAGAAGGGGAGCUGAGCCUGUCCUGUGGGGAUCAUUGGCUCCUUUGGUUGGAUAUGCUUGAAGGACUGAUAAAGCAGAGUGACACCAUGGGGAUGGUGUGUGCCCAGAAAAUGAAGACAGAUUUAAUUCUGGAUAAAAACGAUACAGAGAAAGUCAAGAGUAUCAUAUCAGCCCUGACACCUCUGAAGACAGCCAUGUCCAUAAUGGAAAGACGAGGAUUCCAGUCCGUGUCGGUGGUGCUGCCUCUGCUGAGGACGUUCAUGGGCGGUCUGAAAGAAGAAGAAGAGAGAGGGAACCAUGUCGCCAAAAUGUUACUGUCAAAAUGUAAAAAGGAAUUUGGAAACAUCAGCAACCAUUCAAUGGCUGUCUUUACAUUUCUUGACCCAAGAUACAAAAACAAGCUGGGGGAGCAAAACAAAGCAGGGGCUGUCAAGAAGAUCCGUCAGGAGCUCAUUGAAUUCCAAACACCUUGCUCGGCUGCCGAUCUGGAUGACCUCCUGGCUAGGUACAUGGCCUACACCCCAACCUCAGACACAUCCAACCCCUUCGCCUGGUGGAGACACACAGGAAAAACCAUGUUUGGUGGGUUAAGCAUGCUCGCUCUGAAGAAGCUCGGGGUUGUAUCAACAGCUGUGCCCUUAGAAAGAGCUUUCUCUGGAGCAGGUGAACGCUUCUGCAACCAAAGGAGCGCCAUCGAGCUGGAAAACCUCAACAUGAUCCUAUUCCUCAACAGCAACUGGCCCGCAAUGUCUCAGAAACAACCCUCUGGAUGUCUUUGAGCUGAUGAGGACCCAAUGAAACUUUAAUUACAAGUUAAGAAAUGAAAUGCAAAUUAGAAAUGAUUAUCAAAAACUUUCAGGGAGCACAGCUCCACCUGAUUUAUUGUGGAAGAAACUAAAUAGUAUGAACGGAACUUUAAUUUAUUAGGGUGUUCGAAGUGAUCCUGGACCUUCAUUAUUAAGAACUGAGUGCAAACUAGCAAUACAUUUUAGAGUUUUGGAAAAGAUCUGUCAAAUCUACUCAACUCCAGCCCCCCAACACUCAUCACAAAACUAUUUAGGAAAACAAACUCAGAUAACUUUUCAGGAUACCACUAAUAAGUAAUUUUGCUAAAGUUUCUGCAUCUUUGAAUCUUCACAGGUAGAUCUAUUGAAGUCCCUACAUAACCAACUCCUUGUGCUCAUUUGAGUCCCUGAUCCCUCUGUGCUCAUUUUAGGCCCUGAUUUCUCUGUGCUCAUUUGAGUCCCUGAUUUCUUUGCGCUCAUUAUAGACCCUAAUUUCUCUGUGCGAGUUUGAGUCCCUGAUUUCUCUGUACUCAUGAGUCACCGAUCACUCACAGCUCAUUUUAGUCACUGAUUACUCUGUGCAAAUUUGAAUCCCUGAUCCCUCUGCGCUCAUUUGUGUCCCUGAUAUCACUGUGCUCAUUUGAGUAAUCGAUCGCUCAGAGCUCAUUUAAGUCCCUGAUUUCUCUUAGCUCAUUUGAGUCAUACAUCCCUUUGCGCUGAUUUGAGUCACCGAUCUCUCCGCACUCAUUUGAGUCAUGGAUUUCUCUGCGCUCAUUUGAGUCCCUGAUUUCUCUGCGCU